UACAGAGAUCUUUGGACUUUCAACCACAAUGUCAGAACAAGUCACAGAGUUCUUGAUACUUUCAGCCACAAUGUCAGAACAAGUUACAGAGAUCUUGGGACUUUCAGCAGCAAUAUCAGAACAAGUUACAGAGAUCUUGAGACUUGCAGCAGCAAUGUCAGAACAAGUCACAGAGAUCUUGAUACUUUCAGCCACAAUGUCAGAACAAGUCACAGAGAUCUUGAGACUUGCAGCAGCAAUGUCAGAACAAGUUACAGAGAUCUUGAGACUUGCAGCAGCAAUGUCAGAACAAGUCACAGAGAUCUUGAGACUUGCAGCAGCAAUGUCAGAACAAGUCACAGAGAUCUUGAGACUUACGGCAGCAAUGUCAGAAUAAGUCACAGAGUUCUUGAAACUUUCGGCAGGUAUUUCAGCAUACGUCACGGAGUUCUUGAGAAUUUUUAG